AUGGCAAACUUCAAGAAGAUGACUCUCGCUUUGGCGAGCCUGGCCCCGAGUGUCAUCGCCUCCGCUGGCCCUACCAAAAUGACUGUUGGUGUCAUCGGCGCCCGGGUAGACAUGUACCCCGGCGCCGUCUUCGACACCGCCACCUGGUAUCAAUGCCUAGGGAAUCACGAUGCCGUCAAGGGCCAAAGUGGCGUAGACUUCGAGACAAAGGGCCAGCCAUACUACACCUACGACCUCCACGCUGCAGACUGGACCGCGACGUUCGUAGUCGUCGACUCAGACUGCUUCAUCGAGAAGUACCAGGCCAGCACAUCCGUCUACCAAAACUCGUACACAAAGCAAUGCCACGCCGAGCGGGCCCACGCAGGUCGCCUUCCUGGAGAGCAGGCCUUCGCGGCCUCCAAGGCCGAAUGGGGAAUUCCUCCAGCUUCACCACGGGUACAUGUCCGCAGCGACGAACAACACCGACGUCGCGCCUCUGAUCGCCGUCGUCGAGAGGCACGGGCGGCGUCGUCCUCAACGAACGGCCACUACCACUGUCUCGCGCAUGUCUACAACAACAACACGAACUUUAUCCUUGCCGGCGGUGCGGGGUAUCCGCAGGCUGGAGACUGUAACUACGGAGUGCCGCUGGGCCCGUACACCAAGUGGCUGGGUGCGAACUCGCAGUCUGCGGCUAAUGGAUUCGUCGCGAUGGACAUCUCCCGCGAGGAGGUAAACGUCGAGUACUAUGCCCGGGAUAUGAAGCUUGAAGGAGGGGAUCUCUACCCCGUCAAGAAUGAUAUGGCUCCUUCGUAUUCAUUCAAGAUCAAGACCCAUGCUCCGUGA